GUGAGAGUAGCCGCUGCUCACAAUCAAGCUUGUUUCAGCAGCGCCAUGGGAAGUGGUGCUGCUGUCUUCGGUAGUGCGAGCGUGGGAUACCAAAGCGUGAAGUACACAGCGCCCACGUUCAGCGGAGACGCCAAGAGCUUUUCUUCGUGGCUAGAGUUUUUUUUGAUGGCAGCGAACACAGCAAACCUUCUUGAGCUUUUCGAGGAGGGGGGGGCGGAGAUCCCCGUAAACAGUGGGCAGAGCAAAGUCUAAUUGUCCAGGUUUUACCCGCACGACAAAGUAGAGCUCGCUUUCCACGCGUGGAAUUUCCUCCGUGGAGCUCUCAAGGACGAGAAAGACAGGACAAUAAUGAAGCGAGCUGAGUCGCCCCUGGGGGCGCUCCGUGAGCUGAAGGGGUUGUACGACCCAGAAUCGUCCAUGCAGCCUGCGGAUGAGUUAAAAUCCCUGACAUCCAAGAAGAUCCCGAUGGCAGAGAAUCCGCAACAUGCUCUCAACAGUAUGCUCGCCACCGCAGAGUCCCUUUCGAAACGGGGGCUUGAUGUUAACGAAACCUUCGUUUUGCACCUCUUCUUGGAUGCCCUCUCCAACGAGUACGCUAUGACCAAGCACGCCCUCAGACACAAGGAGAGGUUGACAAGGAGUGACGUCCUGAAGGAGGUCACCAUCGAAUAUCGAUCGAUCAUGGAGAAGGUGAAGGCGGGGAAAGGCAAGGGCGCGCGCGGCGCCGAGCAGGCCUACCUCGCCGAUGGAGACGGCCGCCGUGGGCGGUCGUCUUGGCGUGGGGGCGGCCGCCGAGGGCGGUCGUCCUGGCGUGGUCGUGGCGGUGGCCGCAGCGGCGGCCGCGGGGGCGGCGACAGCAGCGGAAAAGGCGGUGGCGGCGUCGAGGAGAGCAAGGGGAGUGGCUCUGGUGGGGCAGAUGGCGGCGGUACCGGGGACAAGAAGUUCCCGGGCCGGUGUUUCACGUGUGGCCGUUUCGGACACACGCAGCAGGACUGCACCACAAAGGAGAGCGACUACCUCCCGCAGUGCUCACACUGCGCAGGAUGGGGUCACAGCAAGGACAAGUGCGCGACGGAGGAGGCCGUCCUGGCGCAGAUCGUCCAUGCCGACAGCGACGCCGACUCCGUCGACAACCAGGCCUUCUGCGCGGCGCCGGGCCUGCCAGGCGAGUGUGGUGCUGUUGACCUAGGUCUAGUGGGGGUAACGGAACUAGGCCAGGAUGUCAUGGCGUACGUGGCUCAUACAGCAGCCACGUGCUCCNACGCGUUCGUGAACUACCGCGAGUGUAGUGGUUGGGUCAAGGGGAUCGGAGGCAACAAGGCCCCCGUUCCUCUCCUAGGGUACGGAGACGUGACCGUAGUCUUUCUGACCGAAGGCGGUAGGGUACCAGUGCUAAUCCUGAACGCCGCUCAUGUGCCCGAGUCCCCCCACAACCGUCUCUCACUGUCGGCGUUGGCCGAGAAAGGCCACACGUAUUCCGGCCAGAAGGGGGGGCUGACUCUCUCUACAAGAGCCGGGGGGAAGGUGUGGUUCCCCCGGACGGAUGACCUGAUAAUAUAA